AUGGCCAACGACACAGAGCAAGCGCAGUCGCCGCCUGCUGAGCUGGCAGCGGCGGCACAGGAGAAGCCGCCACGCCAGCCGCUGGAGUUUUAUCCCCUGCGUGGUGAGUCGCACAACGCCGACGACCAGGAAAAGUACGGCCGCGCACGCACCCACAUCGCCGGUCUGGGCCACGUUUCGGCCAAGGACGUGUUCAAACACUAUCGCCGCUCCUGGCUCACGCCAUUUUUCGGCUCCAACGAGCCGGAGCCGACCUUCCGGCAGGAGAGGGCUCAACACCCAUGCCAAAUAUUUUCUCGCGAGGUGCACCGAUGCUUGGAAGAGCACAGCAACAGCUUUGGCUUCUGCCAAACGCGUGUGGCGGCGUUUCAGCAGUGCUUACGUGAGUUCUCUGUGUGA